AUGAGCGGCAAUGGGACAGAGACCCUGGUGGGUUGUGAGGCUGCCCCAGGCAGUGGCUGUGGCAAAAAGAAGGACUCUCUGGGGUUUGUGGGCUCACCAGCAUACCUCGUUAUCAAGGAUCUUGGAGAAAUUCAUUCAAGGCUGUUAGAUCACAGACAAGUUAUCUAAGGUGAAACCCAUUAUUUUGUGAAAGUAUUUGAAGAAAAACAUGGUCUUCGAGAAAUGCGAGUUCUUGAAAAUCUAAAGAAUAUGAUCCAUGAGACAAGUGAACAUACUCUUCCGACAUGUAGAGAAACAAUGCAAGACAACUUAAACCAAGUUCUCCAGAGAUUGCAAGCAGCUACUGACUCGGUCUGUAGAUUCCAGCAGAGGGAACAGGAGCGAAAAAAGAUUCAUAAUGACCUUUUAAUGGCUAGUGAGAAACAGCACAUAAUGCAGUGGGAAGAUUUCAUGAAAGAGCAGCACAGCAAACAGGCAGAAGUGGACGAGGAGCAUAGGAAAGCCAUGGAGAAGCUGAGAGAGCAGUAUGCAGAGAUGGAGAAGUACCUGGCAAAAUUCUCAACCUCCUGA